AUGGAGAGGAGCGACGCCACUGUUACUACGGUCCAUUACAAAGCCAGCAACUCAAAGCAUGAGCAGUUCCAGAGAUACUUGGGGAAGUCGGCGUUGCUGGACACCCUGACCAAGGUGUUGGUAGCCUUAUAUGAAGAACCAGAAAAACCUAAUAGCGCUUUGGAUUUUUUAAAGCAUCACUUAAGAGCUGCCACCAGCUCCUAAGCAGAAAUAGAGCUGCUUCACCUAGAAUUGGCAGAAAUGAAAGAAAAAUAUGAAGCUACUGUAGAAAAUAAAAAACUGAAAGCAAAGCUUGCUCAAUAUGAACCACCUCAGGGGGAGAAGCGUGCUGAAAAAUGGUUUUGCAGACACAUCCAGACAUCCAACCUGGGGCUUCCCCCCGGGGAGAAGGACCCCCACACCCUCUUCUUCCAGCCCUCUUAA